GAACAACUCCUAUGCCAGGAAGGAGGCAACAAAACGCCUUUAAUGUCUUGAGUCGCCGUUAAUGUCUUGAGUCACCUUUACUGGGGAUACUUCCAGAAUGAAAUAAAAAGUUGGUUUGGUGUGCAGUCCAGGCACCCGGAUUCAAAAAUAAGCACGUUCUAACCACGUGAUAUAUGUCAACUGAAUUAACGGGAAGGCUUCGGCGAGACGGAAAUGACGGCGUUUGUUUAACAUAUCUCUCUUAGCAACGGGGUGCCCGGAAAACCACCAGCUGUUUGUGAACCAAGAUUUUGUUCGAAACGCCGUGAGAACAAUAUAACAACAGCGGAAUUUGUUCAGUAGGAGGUGUCUUACUGCUACUCUGCCCUCACAGCAAAUACAAUGCCAGCUGCCUACGGACUGGAAAAGGGCAACCAGAAACUUCUGGCGACAAUGUAUCAAAGACCUAAGAAGGAUCACAGAGUAACUGAAGGUUUCACAGUGAAAGCCAUGAUGAAAAAUUCCAUUGUCGUUGGUCCUUCAUCUGCAGGAUCUUUUCGCGAGAGACCCAGCGGACCUACAGCAUUUCGCAAGUGUUAUAAACGAGGCGAUUUCCCUAUUGCCUUAGAGCAUGGUUCACAUGGAAAUCGAAUAGCCUGGAAGGUGGAGAUUGAGAAAUUAGACUAUCAUCAUUAUCUGCCUCUGUUCUUUGAUGGUCUCUGUGAUACAGCACACCCAUAUGACUUCUUUGCACGGCAGGGGAUACAUGACAUGCUAGAACAUGGUGGCAUGAAGAUUCUUCCAGUUAUCCCUCAGCUAAUCAUCCCAAUAAAAAAUGCGCUCAACACUCGGAACAAGCAAAUCAUUUGCACCACAUUGAAAGUGCUCCAGCACCUGGUUGUGUCAGCUGAUAUGGUGGGUGAGGCCCUGGUACCUUAUUACCGUCAAAUCCUCCCUGUCUUGAAUAUCUUCAAGAAUGUAAAUGUCAAUACAGGAGAUGGCAUUGACUAUAGCCAACAAAAAAGAGAAAACAUUGGAGACCUGAUUCAGGAGACUCUGGAGAUCUUUGAGCUGUAUGGAGGAGAAGAUGCCUUCAUUAACAUCAAGUACAUGAUCCCAACUUAUGAGUCAUGUAUUUACAACUGAACCAAAUAAACAGGUCUGAAGAAGUAUGUUGUAUUAAUUUAUGUAAGUAGGAAUUAUGUAAGACUAAAUGCAUCGAUUACACCAUCAAA